AUGAUCAUCCCGGACGACAUCUCGAGCCUCAGCAAUGUGCGGCUGGCGGUGGCUCUGCCUCUCUUCCUCCUUGGCCUGGGAGUUCUCCGAGUCAUCUACAGAGCCGUCUACAACAUCUACUUCCACCCCCUCAGCGGCUUCCCGGGCCCCAAGCUCAACGCCGUCACCCGUCUGCCCUUCACGCGAAUGAUAUGCGGCGGCAACGCCCACAAGAUCCUCUUCGCCCUCCAUGAGAAAUACGGCCCCAUCGUCCGCCUCGCCCCGGACACCAUCGACUUCGCCGACCCACGGGCCUUCAAGGAUUUGAUGGGCCACAGCAAGGGCAGCGGCGGCGGCGAGAACUACAAGGACCCCAUCAACGCAAAGUACAAGCCUCACAGCAUCAUCAACUCGAACCGCGAGGACCACGCCCGCAUCCGCCGCGUGCUUGCCCAUGGUUUCUCCGCGCAGAGCAUGGUUGCGCAGGAGCCCUUGAUUCAGAAGCAGGUCGAUCUGCUUAUCCAGCGUCUGCACGAGAACUGCGAGGGCGGAGACAAGGCCUUGAACAUGGUUUCGUGGUAUAACUGGACUACUUUUGACAUUAUUGGCGACUUGGCCUUUGGCGAACCGUUCGGAUGCCUCGAGAGCUCCGAGUACCAUCCUUGGGUGUCGGUCAUCUUCGACAACAUCCACGCCGGCCUCUACAGAAACCAGUUCCAGCGAUACGCGCUGACACGCCCGUUCGCGAAGUGGCUGAUGCCGAAGGACCUGAAGCAGAAGCAGAAGUUCCACAACCAAUUGAGCAAGGAGAAGGUCGAAAGACGUAUGGCAUUGGGAGAGUCUCGGCCCGACUUUGUGCAAUCCAUGAUGAUGAAGGAGGGGCCAUUGGCCAUGUCCAAACCCGAGAUCGAAGAGACCGCCGACACGCUCAUCAUCGCCGGCUCCGAGACGACGGCAUCGGUGUUGUCUGGCGUCACCUACUUCCUGACGAUGCACCCCGAAGCGAUGGCCAAAUUAGCCGAGGAAGUCCGAACGUCGUUCAGCUCAGAGAAGGAGAUCGACAUCCUCAGCGUUCAGAAGCUGAAGUACAUGCUCGCUGUUCUCGACGAGAGCAUGCGCGUCUACCCCGUCGUCCCCUUCGGAUUGACCCGAGUCAUCAAGCCCGGAGGCGACUACAUCUGCGAGCAAUACGUUCCUGGCGGAACACGAGUGAUGGUAUCGCAGUGGUCCAUCUACCGCAACGACAAGUACUUCGCCGAGCCCCUGACCUUUAUCCCGGAGCGCUGGCUCGGCGACCCGCGCUUCGAGAACGACGACCGCAGUGCCCUCCAGCCCUUCUCCUUUGGACCUCGUAACUGCAUUGGUCGCAACUUGGCAUACUCGGAGAUGCGCGUCAUCCUCGCAAGGGUCAUCUGGAACUUUGACAUGAAGGUUGCCGACGACAGCACCAACUGGACGGAGCAGAAGCUGUUCGGCCUCUGGAAGAAGGGCCCUCUGAACGUGCACCUGACACCGAGAAAGACGGAGUAG